AGCUGCGUUUGCGACGCGCCCUCCUGGUUCAGUUCCGUGAUGAUGACAGUGCAGGGUUAGCUCAGCUUUCAGCUCUGACAGCGGCGGAGGCAGCGGCGGGUUAAUUUUCCAGCUCUGGGAUGACUUCAUACUUUGAAGAACAUGACUGUGAACCUACCAAUCCCGAGGAGCAGUACAGACAGAAUGCUCUGCUGGAACUGGCCAGGUCACUGAUGCAGGGCUUGGAUAUAGACUCAGGAUGGAUGGAUGUUUCUGACUGGGAUCAGCGUCUCCCUCCACCUGCAUCCAAAACGGUGGUGCAGAGCCUGCCUCUACAUCGUAUCACUCCACAGCAAGCAGAUAAAGGGCUGAAGUGUCCUGUGUGUUUGCUGGAGUUUGAGGAGGAGGAGAUGGUUCGUGAGAUGCCCUGUAAACAUUUCUUUCACUCCGGCUGCAUCCUGCCCUGGCUAGGCAAGACCAACUCAUGUCCACUCUGUCGAUUUGAACUGCCCACUGACGACGCUGACUAUGAAGAGUUUAAAAAAGACAAGGAGAGAAGAAGGCAGAGAGAACAUCGCUUGGAGGAUCUUCACGGAGCUAUGUACACUUGACCUUCAUACCAACACCCCCCGACCCCUGUCCCCUGAAUCCACACCACACACAAAAACGCACAUUUUUAAUGCAGGGCUGAACUGAUGAGCUGCCUGGACGGCUGGUUUGCGUGUUUCUGAUUUGAGAGGUUGAGUUUGGACCGUGCUCUGGAAAGUGAGACUUCUCUUCUACUUGAAAAUAAUUAGCUAUUUUUAAAAACUUACAUUUUGUAUGCAAAUGCACUAAGAUUAGUGUUGUCUAAAGGACUUGUGAAGUCUGUACCGACUGUAAAUCCCAUCACAUCCUGUGAGUUUCCAUUAUGAGCCUUUUUUGAACACAAGAACUGUGUAUUUUCCAAUGUUAUCUUGUGUCUUUAUCUAUUUAUUUCUGCUUUUUAAUAGAAUUUGAAUUUUUAUCAUGGUGUAAAAAAAAUAAAGCUGCAGUUUAACUCUGAGGAAAACAUUUUGUUGCUUCAUUAACAUCAGCAACGCUGCCUCUCAGAGUGUAGCUCUUCAGCUGAUACAGGAUGAAUUAAUAUAGAAAAAAUAUUAAUAAAAAAUAUGUUAUGAGAAUUAUGUUAUGUGAGAAAUGAAAAAAAGAAAAAGACAAUCUCAGAAAUGUUGAGUGUGAGUUUGUUCUUUUUUUAACCUUUACAAAAACAAUAUUAUAUCAAUAUAAUUACAAUAUAUAAAUAAAAUGUGUUUGUUUUUUUGGUCAUAUUAACUGUCCUGUCCAUUUUAUGUGACCAUUCCAAGAAGAACUGACCAACAGAAAUGCUCCAAAAUGACCUGGAAUAAAAUAUUUUUACACUGA